CGCGAGUCCGCAACGGCGCGUCGCCGGAGUGACUUCGUAUCCGCGUAGCGCAUCCUUCGCAUCGUUUGUCGUCGACAGAACCGCUCGAUCCUUCGUGCGCGCGCUCGGUAGUACCGCCAGCGUCAUGGCUGCCAUCAUCAACUCCGCCGUGCCCCUGGCUGCUCGUUCUUUGAGCUCCCGGGCCACGACCGAACGCGUGCCGGGAUGCACCGGCGUGCGCGCUGCGCCGCGCAGCCGCGCAACCCUUCGCGUUCGCGCCGAAGCGGCGGCUGGAGGCGUCGGAAACAUCCGCGAGCAGGCUGCCCGUCGCGUCCCCCUCGAGAAGAACUCGCUCUUUAACGCGAAAUACACCCCGUUCAACAAAGGCGAUUCCGGGGAAGAGUAUUCCCUCGAUGAGGUCAUCUACCGCAGCAAGAACGGCGGCCUCCUCGACGUCGAGCACGACAUGGAGGCUCUCGCGAUCUACCCCCCGGAGUACUGGAAGGCCCUCUUCGACGAGCGCGUCGGCAAGACGGUCUGGCCUUACGGAUCCGGUGUCUGGAGCAAGAAAGAGUGGGUUUUGCCGGGUAUCUCCGACGACGACAUCGUCUCCAUGUUCGAAGGUAACUCCAACCUCUUCUGGGCGGAGCGGUACGGCCGCGAGAACCUCAAGAUGAGCGAUCUCUGGGUGAAGCAGUGCGGGAACUCCCACACCGGCUCGUUCAAGGAUCUCGGAAUGACCGCGCUCGUCUCUCAGGUGAACCGGAUGAGGAAGAUGGGCAAGCCCCUCGCCGCGGUCGGCUGCGCGUCCACGGGCGACACCUCCGCGGCGCUCAGCGCGUACGCGGCGUCCGCGGACAUUCCGUCGAUCGUGUUCCUCCCCGCGGACAAGAUCUCCCUCGCGCAGCUCGUGCAACCGAUCGCGAACGGCUCCCUCGUGUUGUCGAUCGACACCGAUUUCGACGGAUGCAUGCGUCUCAUUCGCGAGGUCACCGCGGAGCUCCCGAUUUACCUCGCGAACUCGCUCAACUCUCUUCGCCUGGAAGGGCAGAAGACCGCGGCGAUCGAGAUUCUUCAGCAGUUCAACUGGGAAGUUCCUGACUACGUCAUCAUCCCGGGCGGUAACCUCGGGAACGUGUACGCGUUUUUCAAGGGUUUCAAGAUGUGCAAGGAUCUCGGUCUCGUGGAUUCCAUGCCUCGGAUGGUCGUCGCGCAGGCGCACAACGCGAACCCCCUCUACCGCGCGUACAAGAACGGGUUCGAAAACUUCGAAGCCGUCAAGGCUGAGCCUACAUUUGCGUCGGCUAUCCAGAUCGGCGACCCGGUCUCCAUCGACCGUGCGAUUUACGCGCUGAAGGAGACUAACGGCAUCGUGGAGGAGGCGACUGAGGAGGAACUCAUGGACGCCGCCGCGGAAGCGGAUUUGACGGGCAUGUUCAACUGCCCCCACACCGGUGUUGCGCUCGCGGCUCUCAAGAAGCUGAGGGAAGCGCAAACGAUCGGCCCCGACGAUCGCGUCGUCGUCGUCAGCACCGCGCACGGUCUUAAGUUUGCGCAGAGCAAGGUGGCAUACCACGCCGGUGAGAUUGAAGGAAUCGUUGGUAAGUACGCGAACCCUCCGGUCAGUGUGCCCGAGGACUUUGGCAAGGUGAUGGACAUCCUCUCGCAGCGCCUCAAGCAGUAGACAGAAAAAAAAUAGUUUUUUUGUAGGCCUGGACGAGGUCCUCGUGUUUUAAUACAGUAAUUCCAAGACAAUUCAACCUC